CCACCUUGCAACUACGCAUAACGACAGCAUGACGCAUGCGCGGAUUUAAACCUGCAGUGUACUUCCUGUAUGCAUUAGCAUGGCUUUGGUUCCGUAUGUCGAAAAUGCUGUACCUAUACUCUCCAAAUUCCACAAUUCAUCAGCACAGUUUCGGUUUGCAAACCACGACAUAAGUCUCACGCAAGACUGGAAAUCACUCGGGGUUGCAGCAGUUGUGUGGGAUGCGGCUGUUGUCAUGUGCAUGUACCUGGAGAUGGGGAAAGUGGAGUUAAAGAAGACGAAAGCAAUUGAACUGGGAGCUGGUACUGGUCUGGUGGGCAUUGUAGCAGCUCUGAUGGGUGCUGAAGUGACCAUCACAGACAGACAGCCUGCCCUGGAGUUCCUUGCAGCCAACGUGAAAGCAAACCUGCCCCCAGACUCCCAGGGAUCAACACUUGUAUCAGAGCUAUCAUGGGGCGAGGGUCUUGACCGGUAUCCCCCUGCAGGUUUCGAUCUAGUGCUGGGAGCAGACAUCAUUUACCUGGAGGACACCUUUGUGCCCCUGCUGCAGACUCUGGAGCACUUAUGCUCAGACUCUACUGUGGUGUUACUAGCAUGCAAGAUCCGAUACAAGCGGGAUACAAACUUUCUGAGCAUGCUGAAGAAGACGUUUGCAGUGGAGGAGGUCCACUAUGACAAACAGAGAGACAUCCAUGUGUAUAAAGCCUGGAAACUGUCCCAGAGGAAGGAUUUGUGAAGAUUAAUCAGUCAGUGUGUGCUUUACUUUUGUAAUAAAUCCCUCUUUUUGCACAUAAAUCAAAUAAAAACUCCUCAAAGAUUA